AUGUCCGACGACGAGCAGGAGCAGACCAUUGCUGAGGACCUAGUGGUCACCAAGUAUAAGAUGGGGGGCGACAUAGCCAACCAGGCACUGCGUCUGGUUCUGGAAACAGCCAAGCCUGGGGUGUCUGUGCUCAGCCUGUGUGAGAAAGGUGACACCUAUAUUAUGGCAGAAACUGGGAAGGUCUUCAAGAAGGAGAAGGACAUGAAGAAAGGUAUUGCCUUUCCUACCAGCGUCUCUGUCAAUAACUGUGUUUGCCACUUCUCCCCACUGAAGAGUGACCCUGACUACAGUCUGAAAGAUGGAGAUCUUGUCAAAAUCGACCUCGGCGUUCACGUAGACGGCUUCAUUGCCAAUGUUGCUCACAGCUUUGUAGUGGGAGCGUCGAAGGAGAAACCCAUCACAGGCCGCAAAGCUGAUGUCAUCAAAGCAGCCCAUCUGUGCGCUGAAGCCGCUCUUCGCCUUGUUAAACCUGGCAACCAGAACACUCAAGUGACAGAGGCCUGGGGCAAAAUCUCCCAAUCAUUCAAAUGCUCACCUAUCGAGGGUAUGCUGUCUCAUCAGUUAAAGCAGCAUGUUAUUAAUGGAGAGAAGACCAUUAUUCAGAAUCCAACAGACCAACAAAGGAAGGAUCACGAAAAGGCAGAGUUCGAGGUCCAUGAAGUUUACGCUGUGGAUGUCUUAGUCAGCACUGGAGAAGGGAAGGCCCGAGAUGGAGGUUUGAGGACCACCAUUUAUAAGAGGGAUCCUAGUAAGCAGUAUGGCCUGAAGAUGAAGACUUCACGUACGUUCUUCAGUGAGGUGGAACGGCGCUUUGAUGCUAUGCCCUUCACGCUCAGGGCAUUUGAAGAUGAAGCCAAAGCCCGGCUGGGAGUAGUUGAAUGUGCCAAGCAUGAGUUGCUGCAGCCCUUUAGCAUCCUACACGAGAAAGAGGGAGAAUUUGUAGCUCAGUUUAAGUUCACAGUGCUGUUGAUGGCUAACGGGCCUCACAGGAUCACCAGCGGGCCUUUUGAACCGGAACUCUACAAGUCAGAGCAUGAAGUCCAGGACGUAGAGCUAAGGACUUUACUACAGAGCUCUGCAAGCAGGAAAACACAAAAGAAAAAGAAAAAGAAGGCUUCGAAGACAGCAGAAAAUGCAGCAGGUCAGCCAAGCGAGGAAACAGAGGCAGCAGAAUGA